ACUUCCGACACGAAAAUGAGUUGGAACUUGGCCUCCCGGGGUGAAACAAAAUGACAUGCUAGCAUAUUUCAGUUUUUGCGUUUUUUUUUUAAUUAACCACACCAUGGUUUAUGCUUGAUGAUUUUUAAUCGCGUAAAGCGAUACCCGGAUCGCCUUUGAUCGAUGUAGUAGCUAUGAAUGUUAGAUGAGUAUUUACAUUGAGUGAGGGUUGUCAUGGGUUGUUUGGGGUCUCCACACACUCAGCAUGUGGUCUGUACAGGCCCGUAUCUAGCUAUCAAGCCGUGUCAGCAAAAUGGAAAGCGAAAAACACGGUAAAUCUUGUAACCAAUAUCAGACGUAGAAAAGAGCUGAUAUAGGGCCGCGGGUAUAACAACAGGAAGCUCAAGUUAGCGAUUCUGCCUCGGUUUAAUAUCUUAAUUAACUAUUAGUCAAGACAAGACUAACUGACUAGGGGGGCUGUUCGCUGGGGAUACUUAGGUCUUAAGGUUCUGGCAUGCACUUGAUAAUUUAUGCACCGUUUAAGGAUCUAUAGAGAAAUAGGCUGUUACUUAGAAAGACAGUUUUAACCUUAAAGAACCGGUCAGAAUGGCGCAUUACAUUUCGUUGGCUUGCAUCUUAGCCUUGCGGUUUUACCUGGGUUCUUUUUAGCCCGCUGACUACAUUCUAAAGCUGAGCGGGGGUUAGGAACUUUGUACCUAGCCGCGCACUCAUUUUGGCAGAUCAGCUCACACGCAAUUUAAUUUUCCUCAAAACUGCGUUAAAUUCAUGUAAAUAAAGAGUACUCAUAUGGUGAUUGCCGAGUCCCAGUUGGUCAAAACUCGGGUGUUCAGUUGGUGCCGGCCAAGAGUGGUCUAUCUCCUGUGGUCUUUAUUUCUUAAGAGCUAAGCUCGCCAGCGCUUGGCUUAUAAUGAUAUUCUGGAUCAACCAAAGUGCACCACUGGAGACCACGACUUAGCGACACUAUCACGCAACGGAGAUUCGCUCAAAGGCCCCGAGCUCCUUACUUUAGGGCAUUUAGUGGCGCUAUGACCCGACACUUGCAGUUCAACCUUCGCGUCAUUGGCACAAUAGCAAGUUAGAAAAACGCUAAGCAAUCCUAAAACGUGAACUAGAUCUUGUAAAUUCAAUCAAUGCGGGAAACCAAUUCGAGGGGGGUUGAGUAAUUCAUCUUGCGAGCCAGUCUUCGGUGAGAUGCAAAUCUUCGUUGCAGGGGAUUCGGCAUUGAAUUACGCGCCGCGCAAGACAACUCAUUGUUUUUAUUUCCUCUUCACAAAGACUUUGGUUACUUUACUUCGCACAGCUCGGCUGAAGCUUUUAGAACGUAUCAAAGCCAGAAGCGGUCACUAAAAGGCGCUGCUCACUUGGGUGGAUGAUUGCUUGGUGGUCGUCUGGCGAGUGUGCAUGUGCUGUCGGUCACAUCAGCCAAGGUCUGCGCGAGACACUCUUCAUACAGAUGGUCGCAGGAAGACGCGAAUAGCCUUGUGACAACGCGCUGUGUUGGCGCGCUAUGAGAGAAAUUGUCUGAAUGCAAAUUUGAUUGAAUCGUCGGGUUAUAUUGAAAACGCACGGCAGGGAGUUCAGAUGGUCCGAGGGGAAAGAAACACUACUUGAAUACGACUCCUACGGAGUUUUUCACUGCGACUGCGCACACGGUAUUAGCUGCGCGCGCAGGUCAAGACUGUGGGCUUGUAACGCGGGAUUGUGGCGAUCAUAUCAUCACAAUACACACACAAGGCAGCUAGCCGGUGCUACACACGACUCGAGCAAGCACUGCAGUAGCCUUACGGUAACACAAGUAACUGGAUGAGCGUAGCACGGCUGAUGGAACCCUCGCGGUAUCAGCAUGUUAUUGUCAAGACUGAGCCACUAGAUGUUACCUGUAAUAUUUCUCUCGGUGAUUCAGCAGUGGCUGCGGACCCCGUGUCUUCGCACUAUCGUACGUUACCUUCGGAGAGUCAGAGAGAGAGGGCUUUGGACUCGUCUGAAUCGGCAUUAACGGCCGGUUCGGAGUAUUCUAGAUGUCGUUUGGAUCGGCUCACGGGGAUGGAGGUGAAUCCGGAGGUCAAAUUGUUAGUAGACAUGGAAUCGUUACGAAGCGUUGACAGGCGAUCGCAGCCUGUCUUACAAUCAAAUGCUAGUAGUACUAGUAGUAUUAAUAGUAAUGCGCUAACAAGAGGGACAGAAGACCGGCGGCCCGAGGAGCCCAGUGGGUACGUCUCCUUCCCAGCGUAUAGACCCGAGUGGAGCACAUCUGUGUCAAACUCAGAAUCAGACUCGAAUAUCUCAGAAGAUGACUCGAGCAUUAGUGCAAGUGAAAACUAUUCGCGGCUAUCCCAAAAGGACAGUAACUCGGAAGCAUCGAAUAGCGGGCCCACUGAGUACCAAAGGCCUGUUAGAACGCCGCCGAGUUUAACUCGAGCCUCGGAGUAUUUUGAUACACGAUACGUAACUCCCAGGCUAUCGGAUGGAUCCCAAAACGGAAUUAACGUGGUCUUUCAGAAGCAGGACAAGACUUCAAUGUGCAGGGGUACCGCAGAGCCAAGCUCCUCGCCUCUCUAUUCUCGACGCUUUGGUGAAAGCUCGCGGGAUUCAGAAGUAACCAUGGCGUACUAUCACGGGCUACAACAAGUCUACGAUUACGCACGCGUCUCGCAAGCACACUCCGAGGCACGACACCCUCCUGCACAUAGCCCUGACUCCAGAACCAAGCAAGACGAGGACACUCCGAGAAUUUGCCGCUGGGAGCUUGCACCACAUUCGAGUGACGUCUGCGGUGCUGGCUUCUACAGGAUUGAGGAACUUGUAUUCCAUAUUACAGAGUCUCACCUUGUCACUGGUGUGACAUCAGCGUUUGUUUGUAACUGGAGGGAAUGCCCAAGAAAUGGUCUCCCCUUCAAAGCUAAGUACAAACUUAUUAACCACAUUAGAGUUCAUACUGGUGAAAAACCGUUCACUUGUUCCCAACCUGGAUGCGGCAAGAGUUUUGCGCGCGCUGAAAAUCUCAAAAUCCAUAUUAGAACUCACACUGGAGAGCGACCCUUCGCGUGCGAAUACAAGGGUUGCGAUAAAAGGUUUGCGAACUCGAGCGAUCGUAGAAAGCACAUCCAUGUUCAUACACUUGAGAAACCCUACUGCUGUAGGUUCGUGGGAUGCGAUAAAAGUUAUACUCAUCCAAGUUCGUUACGAAAACACAUGAAAGUUCACAGCGCGCGAAAAGCUCAAUAUGACCAACAUAGAGUCGAUAUAUAACAUAAAACGUUACUCAGAAAUCAAUCGUAUUCCCUUUUGGGCUCAUACAAUUUGAUUAUACAUUUCAGUGAAAAAACUAGUUGUGAAGAAAGGGAAGAAAGGUAUAGAACAGUUAUAGAGGAACAGUACAUCAGCGACUCGGUGCUAGAGACUCCGAGAAAAAAUAAGUAAUUUAGAAUGUCUUUAUUGUAACUAAAAUAGAGUUAAAUAUAUAAAGCACAAAGUGUACUAUUAAAUUUAUUUUGUUUGAAAUGA